CUUCCUCACUUUCUCCGCCUGUCCAUGGCUUCCCAUUCUGGUGCACCUUGCUUCUAGGGUUCUUAGCAGGACGAUUUUGAGCUUGAGCUUUACAGUGAAUCUCAAUCUCUCACCGUAUAUGGUUUCCGGCUUCGUUUGAUUAAUCUCAACAAUCGUAUCUCACCUCAUCACAAACAUCUUGCAUUUUCGUUCUAACUCUUUUUUGAGUUGCUGUUCAGAAUUUAUCUGAUUAGUGAUCAAGGUUAUACAAUUCAAAUGGCAUUGGGAGAUUUGACGAUUUCUCAGUUAUCAGCUGUUGUGGAGGAGUCUGAAGAUUAUGAAGAUGGCGACAGAAACAAUGAUGGUAGCUUUACUGUUGUUGCUGCUGAAAAUGAGAUGAAGACGACGACAGAGACAAGUAUGAAUGAUGUACGGCCAUUUGUAUGGUUUCGUGAGCUUCGUCCUGAUGAGUUUGAGGCGUAUGUCCCUCCUUCACCGGCUAAUACUGAUUUGGUCUCUAAGUGGCGGAAUAAGAACCGGCACUUCAGGAUUUCUAUAAUGAAGUUAGGCAUGGUCCAAGACAUACCAAAAAUUGACAAGAACAUGUUCCAUAACUGAUUUGUAACCCUGCAAUGCAAAACAAGGCGGGUAACUUCUUCAAGAUUGUUCUUCACAUAAUGGACAUCUACUGCACAACUGAAAACCCCUGGGAGAUUGUUUUGUGCGAGGCAUGCCUCCCUAUCCACAAUCCAGAAGAAGCAAGAGACAUUUGUAGAUGCCUUGUUGUACCAUAUUUUUUUCUAAGGCCAACACUCACAUUGUUGCUAAAAUCCAGCAUACUUCAACAACUUCUAACUGAGAAGGUACCCCUGGAGUGACCCCUCCAACUGAUAGAGUCUAUUUUGUUGACGUUCAACUGCUACACUAUGUCGCUUAGCAUUUGUAGCAAGAUAUACAUCGUCUUCAUUCCCCAUCAUUAAUAUUCCUUCUAAGAUUCAAAUUCCAGUCUUGCGAUGUGCAUAAAUCUGCAAUUGUCCCACUAUGACACAUUGUAGAUUAUCUGGGAAUUUUGUUUUCCACUUGUUAUUAUUUACAUCUAGAAAUAAACUUUGUGAAAAAAGUCAAAGGUUUUACUAGGACUUCUAAUCUAAAUAGAGCUUGGUGAAACCAGAUUACCAGAAGAAGGGCUAUUAUGAAGUACAAACUGUUGUCAGCUUCUCUUAUAUUUCUGAAUGUAUUAAUGACUGUUUGUGUUAUGGCAUUAGAACUUUUCUGCUA